AUGAGCAAGAUGUAUGGAGAGAGCUCUCAAAACCAAACGCGGAGGUCGUUUUUGAGCAAAUGCAUUGAUUCGUUUGAUCAUCGGGAUGAUGAUAUGGAACGGAUCCAAGAAAAUGAAUGGAUGUUCCUGAAAUAUCCUAUAAACCUUCCUACUGGGGUGUCAUCAAGCUCAAAUAAUAAGGCUUUUAUUUUGGAUUAUUCAAAAAUUGAUGAUUAUUUGCAAUUUAAUUACAAUGAAGAAACUGAAUCGGAAAAACAUAACUCAAGAAAAUGCCAAAACGAAUCCGAUAAUGAUAUCGGGAAAUGUUUUCAAGAGACCCCAGAAGCCACUUUCUCCUUGUCUUCUUUUGAAAAUGAAUUUCUUCCAUGCAACGACACCCAAGAGUUUUUAAACUCAGCGGACUUAACAUCCGAACCAGAGCUUGAUGAUCCAGAAAUAAUUCAUUUUGAGAAGAAGGCAACAACUCCACAAAUUCUGUAUCAUCAAAAUAACAUAGCGGAAUCACAACUGUCCUCUGUAAAUAAUGUAUAUUAUGGUAGCAACACAAAAUCGGUCGAAUGGCUUCUUGAUGUAAUUUUACAAAUUUAUGAGUAUUGUUAUCAAUUAUUUACAUCAUCGAACAAAGGUAGCCAAAUAAUUGCAACCCAUGGAUACUCUACAUCACUACUUAUUCACACCAUGAUUACAACAAAAUAUCAUGACAAGAUUAUCAUUGACAUGAUAUGGAAAGAUAUACUCAAGUCGAUCAAAGCUUACAAACAUAACUAUGAGAGCAUUGCAAUUUUCGACAAGUUUUUAGUUGACGAUUUUUCGUUAAAAGCCUUUUAUUCUUUCAUUGUACAUCGCGAGUUCGAAAACCAAAUCCCUGAAUUACGGCCAUCUCUCAUAGAAAUUCCAAAAUCAGUAGAUGAUUUGCUAAAUGAUUUGGACUAUUCAAUACUCACUCCAAGAAAAUCAAACAUUGUAUCAGAAAUAAUUAGGGAAAAAAAAGAGAAACUUGGCAAUGAAAAUUACCAAUGUCGUUCUUCAUCCAUUCUAGAAACAAUAUCUCACAGCGUUAUUACUGUAGAACAUGCAGUUUCAGCAAUUUACAAUCUGAUGUCCAAAGGGCUAGUGAAAAUUGAGGAAUUUACAGACAUAACUUCUAGAGAGAAAAUGUAUAAUUAUUUUACUCGAAAAUUUACUGUUCAAAUCACACCAGGAUUAAUUGAUGCCAAGAGAAUAGUUCUUUCAGAGUUUAUUGGAUAUCUUGUGAAAAUCAAAACAGGACGAUUGGAUCAAAUUAUUAAUGAACUCGAACCAUUCAUUAUUAACUCUGUGGCAGUGAGUCAUACAAACAAGUCGUUAACCACCACUCUAUCAAAUAGAGCUGAACACACAACUCGAGAUAAAACUCCUCCUGAUUAUCUUUCGAAGAGCGUUCCCUAUUGUGACAAGAAUGAAACAAAGGAAAAGCAUGAAUCUAACGACCAUGUAAGGGACCACUUUUUCAAAAAGCCUACCAAUCCUGUUGAUGAUGUUGAUUCUUUGAGCAAACUUGAAGGUUUUCUUCUUCAUCAGGACUCACCUACUUCUUCCUCAUCUCCAAACAAAUUACAAAACAUCAAGCAAACCUCCUAUUUAUCAGAUUCUUUCGACAUUAUUUUAGAAAUACAUGAAAGAACUCACCAAACCAUUCAAACGGAACAAGAAUUGAAACAUUUGGAAAGCUUUCUUAAAGCCAACAUUGAAAAACUCUUCAAGUACAAAGCCCACCUCACGCACAGUCCAGACGGUCGUCACAUUUUCACACUCCUUCAGGAUGCCUUAAACCUCAUCACGGAUCGUCUUCACUCUUCAUGUCAUGCUCAAACCUUACGAACACGAUUGCUCCUGAGAAAAAUCAACGAUUGGAAACUUGAAGCAAUGUCCAUGUAA